AUGCACCUAAAAAAACCAAGAGUUAUCUUUAACAGAGCUAAGGAGUAUAUUAAAGACUAUGAGGCUCAGGUGAUGACCCGGUGGAAGGGUUAUAGACCUGAGGGAGACACCAGGGAAGCUAUAGAGGGCUUAAGGUCCUCAAGACAUGGAAUGUCUAAAUUUGGUGAAGAGUUUAUGGAUGGUGUUCUACAUCAUCUUCCUUCUGUUCUAGCUUUUACAACUCCAAUCCCAAACAUUGAUUGGCAAGGAACAUCGAUGGAGAGACCUAUUCUUUCUACAAUAUCUCUGUUGACAAACUUACAAGAAUUGUACUUGAGACAUUGCUUGCUUAUAGGUUCAAUACCUGAGUACAUAGUACAUAUGUGUGGCAUGAAAAACCUAGACCUAAGCUUCAACAAGUUGACUGGUUUUUUUAAUAACAACUCGAUAUCUCUAGACAUCCCCAUAUGGGCAUUCACUUUCAAUAAUAGAAAGAUUUGGCAUUUCAUGCUCAUUUCUACAGGUCACUCAGAUCCUGCAAAGUUAGAAUUAAAAGUUCAUGAUGCUCAACAGUUAUCUACCGAUGAGCUACAGAAACGUCAAAUGGAAAUCAAGGUUCUUGGUGGUCUAUGUUGUGCUUUGAUGCAUCCAUAUACUUGUGUACAUGACAGUGACACAUGGUUACACUGUGUUAUUACCAUAAUUAGGUACACCUCUAUGUACAGGGUGGCUUGUGCAUGGAUUGUUGGUAAAGCCAGUCAAAACAAUCCUGUAGUUCAGAAACAGGUCCUUGAACUUGGAGCAUUGCCAAAGCUAAUGACAAUGGUGAAAUCUAGUGUGUUAGAGGAAGAAGCCAUAAAAGCGUUGUAUGUUGUUUCAACGAUUAUUAGAAACAACCUAAAUGGCCUGAAAUUGUUCUAUUUCGAAGGCGGCGACCUAAUGCUAAAGGGCAUUUUGAGCAACGCCACUGCUGAUGUUAGAUUACGCAGGAGAUCAGUGUCACUUGUAGCUGAUAUGGCUGAAUAUCAGUUAGAAUAUACUAGCAAAUGGGAUGUUCCUUUUUUCUGCAAUUGUGCACUGGUGAGGCUGCUGAUUGAUUUGACAGCAUCAGGUUCCUUUUCUCUACUAAAAUCAUCCCUUCAAAUCUUGAAUUGGGUGUUCAUUAAUUUCCUCAGACCCGCUAAAAACCUCAAGAAAGACGGGUCAUGGGCAUUGGUUACGGGUCCUACAGAUGGUAUUGGUAAAGCCUUUGCCUUCCAACUGGCCAGUAAAGGACUAAAUUUGGUUCUUGUGGGUCGGAAUCUUGCUAAACUAAACGAUGUUUCAGAUUCAAUCCGAACUAAAUUCAAACAAACCCAAAUCAAAGUUGUUGUGGUUGAUUUUAGUUGUGAUUUAGAUCAUGGGAUUGGGAGGAUUAAGGAAACAGUUGCUGGUAUAGAUGUUAGGGUUUUGAUAAAUAACGUUGGGGUUUGUUAUCCUUAUGCUAGAUUUUUUCAUGAAGUCGAUGAUAAGUUGAUGUUUAAUUUUAUUAAGGUUAAUGUUGAAGGGACGACUAAAGUUACAAAUGUCGUCUUGACUGGAAUGAUCAAGAGAAAGAAAGGAGCUAUUGUUAAGUGA